CUUUGGCAACAGCAAUCAUUCAGUGAUUCUAAUUGUUUUUUUGUUCAUCAUUUGAUUACAACAAUCAAGGUAAAUCAGAUUAAGUUUGGUUAAUCUUUAACUCGUAAUUUUCCUUUGUUUUAUACUCUGUUAAAUUUAUUCUUUUUGUUGUGUUUGCUCGUUUUGUGUGUCAACUGUAAAGGUAACUCAUCAUGUCAUCAGGGGAAAUUAAAAUUUAUCGUCUUGCUGAAGUUGAACAACAUAAAGAUAGAUCAUCAACUUGGAUUGUAAUUAACAACAGUGUUUAUGAUGUUACAUCUUUCCUUGAAGAGCAUCCUGGUGGUGAAGAAGUUCUCCUUGAGAAAGCUGGUGGAGAUUCAACCGAAGACUUUGAAGAUGUCGGCCAUUCAACAGAUGCAAGAGAAUUGAUGGAAAAAUACAAGAUUGGUGAACUUCAUGAAGAAGAUCGAUUCGCCGAGAAAUCAAAAGAAAAAACAACUACAGAAGAAUCCAAAUCAAGUUGCAGUAUUUUCUAAACUCACAACUCAUACUCUCUCCCUCUCUCCCUUACCUGUAGAUGCAUCUUACCUGAAAUCGGCUGGUUAUUGCUUAUAAAUAUAUAAAUAUGUUUGUGAAACUUUCCUCAUAAACAUUAUACAUACAAAUAAAUCCUAAUGUAAUUGACAACGAGGUAAAGAAAAAAAAAUUCUGAGUUGAAUCAGAACAGAAAAAAAAAUGAAUAAUAAAACUGAACUUAUAUCCACUUUGUUAA